AUGGCGUCGUGGCUCUUCCCGAUCGUCUGCGGCCAGGAGUUCGCUGGCGGCGGUGAUGAUGCCGACGUCGUUGCCGGAAGACGCGCUUGGGUGGAUGAUGAUCAGAUGGUGCCGUCGAGGAAGGAGUCGAAGGAUCACAAGCUGCAGCAUGCUGCAUGCAUGUGUGCAUUUAAUUUGCAUAUGCAUAGAAGACGGUGGAAGAUAAAGGAGAAGUUGAAGACCCUGCAGCAGCUCGUUCCAGGAUGCGACAACAGCAACCUAGCUUCAACUCUGGACCAAACCAUCCGGUACAUGAAGUCACUGCAACAGCACAUUCAGGCAAUGUCGACGUUUAGGGCCGGAAUGAAGCCAACAUCAGUGGCAGUUUACCCCGUCGUGCAACAAGCCCCCUGCCUAGCAUGCUUGUGGCAAGGGGGCACAUCCGUCGGUGCAGGGAUGGCUCGGCGGUCCCCAGCUAUAAUUCCGUUUUGCGCCCAUGUUUCCAUGGGUUCACCUUCACCACCCUGCAGUCAUGAUGUUUAG